GUGGGAUACGAUAGUCGUUUUCGUAGUUUCUUAUUACCCAUACAAACUUCCAGUAAAACUGCGCCUGCCGUCUGCUCGUGGCACCUCCGCAUUACACGCAAGCAAGCCCCGAAGGAAGGAGGCGAGCUGUGAUCAGUCCGCUCCGGCCCUACAGCAACUCAACGUCCGACCAUGUGGACCGUUCUCUUCGGUGACAACGAGGACGAUGCGGGCUCUGCGCAGCCCACGCGCGGUCCCGUCAAGACGCCUGCAUCCCCGCAGCACUCGACGCCGCCCGUGACGCCGUCGCCCCUUGAGCCUCUAACUCCGUCCACGCCUCCACCUCAGCCUCAGCCGCAGCCUCAGCCCCGACGCACUAACCCCGUGCCUGAGAAAACGGGUGGGGAGGGCGAUGACACGCCCAUGACCAUGCUACUUAAGCGACUGAAUAACCUUAUGGUUAAGGUGGGCGAGCACGAGUUCGAGAAGAGGACGCUGGUUGAUCAGAUGGAGAAGGAGCGAAAGCUGCUGACGAACAAGAUCUCGGACCUGGAGAAGCAGAUGGAGGACCUCAAGGACCAGAACGUGCAGCUCCAGUACAAGAUCGAGUACAACUCCGAGCCCAUGCUCAUGGAGCGUGUACAGGACGUCACUGACAUGCGUGAUGCGCUGGCUGCUGUGAAGAAGCAGUUGGAGGCGGAACUUCAGGAGAAGGAGACGGAGUUGAGGGAGAUGAAGGCAGCGAUGACCGCUAAGGACAAGGAGCUGAGUAGUCUCCGUGAGGAGUACGAGAAGCAGAUUGAGGACUUGACGGCAGAGCGCGAAGCAGCGAAACAAGAGGCUGCUGACGCCGUGCGAGUGGCGAGUGAGGCUGCUAGUGAAAAGUACGAGGAGCAGUUGAAGGAGAAGGACGGCGCUUUGAAGUCCAUCCAGGAGGAGAAGGAGACGCUCGAGACGUCCUUGGCUGAGAAGGAGAAGGCUCUGCUUGAAGCUGAAGCAACCACUGCUGAGAUGCAGAGGAGUCUGGAGCAGGUACAGAGUCAAGGUGAGACGGACGCAAAUAUUGUGGAGGAAUUGCGACAGCAAUUGGAGCAGAGCACCCAAGACUAUGAGCAGAAGCUGCAGCAACUGAAGGAUGAAGGCCAACAGAAGUUGGAAGCUCUGGAGAAGCACGCACAGGAGCAGGAGGAUAUUGCUACGGAAAAAGUGCAGGAACUGGAGGACUACAAGCACGACUGUGUCGAGCUGUGGAAGAUUAAUGAGGACCUGAAGCAGCAGAUCGCACUCACGUCGGCGGAGACGAUGAUCAAGCAUGCAGAGCUGCGAGAAAACGCGCUCUCAGGUCAGACUGUGCUUCAGGACAAGGUGGCUGAGCUGGAAAAUCAACUUGAGGAGCUGCAGGAACAGCUGAACCGGAAGAAUCAGGAGAUUGCGGAGCUGCAGGCCGAAGCUGAAAGCCGCACAAUGGUCGAUGGUGAGGCCUCGGGUGAAGACGACGACAAGUUUGUGGUGGUUGGUGGCGAUGGUGGAGCUAUCAGUAUCCUCACGGAGCAAGUUGCAACUGCUCAACGCGAGCUGACUGAGGCGAUGGAGCUGAACUUGCACUUGAACAAUCGCAAUGCGUGGCUAGAGGAGCAGUACCAGAUGCUGUCGUCUGUGCAGUCUGAAGGUGACGAUGAGCAGGAGGAGAGCGGGGUUGCUAAGCCCCCGCCGGAAGAGCGCAUCGCAGCGCUGGAACAAGAGCUCCAGGAGGCUCGUCGUGCUGAGAAUGAGAAGGCGGAGCAUGUGUCGAAUCUGGAGCAGAACUACAGCGCUCUCUCGACUGAGUUUGACCGUCUCCACUCUGCCCACAACGAGCUGUUGGAAGUGAAGCAAACGGACGAUGCCGCACUGAACACUCUGAAGCUAGAACUUGAGUCGCUUCGCCUUUCUCAGACUGAUGCGUCGGACAAAGACCAAGCACUGUACGCCAAGGAUCAGGAGCUGGCGGAGCUUCGUUCGAGUAAUUCGACGCUGGCUGGCGAUGUCGAACGCUUGGGUGGUGUGGAAAACCAGUUGCAGCAAACGCAUGACGCGCUGGUUAAGGCGCAGAAUGACCUUGCUGAAGCUCAAGCUGUCAACGCGAAUCUGGAACAGGAACUGAACGAGUUGAGGAGUAUCUCUGCUGCUGCGUCGAAGAAUGAUGAACACCUAGCUGCGACUCAGCACGAGCUGAACCAGGUUCGAGCGGAGAAGGACGCCGUUGUUGUACAACUGACCCAGUCGCAGGCUUCCGUCCACGAGCUUCAGCUGAAAAUCCAGGAGCUUGAAGGUAUCGUAAACAGCCUGAUGAAUGACAAGAAGUCUCUGGAGCAGCAGCUUCAGAACUUGCAGGAGAUGGCUCAGGAGAACAUGGAAGGUUCGUACGAACUCCAAACUAACCUCGAGUCCACCAUGGAGGAGUUGGAAAAGACUCAGGCUCAGUUGCGAGCGGAACAAGAGAAGAGUGUGGCACUGCAGCAGUCUGUGGAGGAUGUAAAGCAGUCUUCCGCCUCCCGCGAGGAGCUAGAGCGUGCUCAGAGUGAAAUCGCACGCUUGGAGCAGCAGGUUCGCCACUUCCACGGUCUGGAGCAGUCGCUAAACCAGCAGUUGCAGGAGGCGGUACGCUCUAAGGAUGCAAUCGCUGCGGAAUUGCAAGCUGCUCGCUCGGAGCGCGUCGCUGCUGAGGAAGAACACAAGAGACUGAAGGUGUCGUAUGAGCAGGCAACAGCGCAGCUUUCUUCUGCUCAGACUUCGACCAGCGAGCUCCAAUGCACGAAUGACGAUCUGUCUCACUCGCUAGAACAGACUCGUGCUAAGGCAAUGCAAGCCGAGCAGCAGAUGAAUGCUAUGCGUGUGGAGCACAGUGAGAUGCAGAAGCAGGUGGAGACGCUGACGAAGAAGAACCUUUCGCUGGUGUCGGAGAUUCAAGGCAUGCGUGACGAAGCUGACAAGCAGCAGCAGGCGGCACGUGGUCAGCUCGAGCAGUUCAAGGCGGCGCAUGCGGACGUUCAACGUCAGCUGGCCGAGACUACUCAGACUCUCCAGGGUAAGGAAGCCGAGGUUGCUGCAGCAGCACAGCACAGCCAAGCUAAGGUGACGCAGUUGGAGGAUCUCGUCAAUCGCUACAAGGCAGACAAACAGGCUUCGGAUCAGCAAUUGGCCCAGCUGAAUUCAGAGUGCGAACGUCUUCGCCAGGUCCAGCAUGAAGCCAAGACAACAAUGGAGCGUUCUCAGCACGAACUGGAGCAGAUCCGCCUGCAGCUGAACUCUAUUCAACAGGAGAAGAACUCUCUUGAAGCGGAAAUUGGCCAGCUACGUGGCUUGAGCGACGAGAAGGCUCAUCUGCUUCAGGAGGCAGAAGAGCAGAAGCUUGUGAACCAGCGACUGGAGGAAACCAACCGUGAGCUGGAAGGCUUACUGCAGAAAUCCAAGGCGUACUGCGAGGAGUUGUCGCGUGACAGUGAGGACAAGGUCAGUCGUGUGCAGGAGUUCGCCCGGCACGUGGAGCAGGAAGCACGCGACGAGAUCGACCGCAUCGCUCAUGAGAACGGCGUGUUGAGGGACGAGCUGGAGCAGCUGGCGCAGGCUCGCUUUGAGGAGACGAACGCGCACGACGAGCUCCGUGUGAAGCUUGCUGAGUUGCAGGCCGAGAACAACGUGCUGUCGGCGCGUGCGCAUCGCCUGACGCAGCAGCUGUCGCAGUACACGGAUCUCCCGGAAGACGACGAGUUGGCUGCUGCGGGGCAGGGCCAGACGCCCGAUCUGUGGGAGCUACUGUCUUCGGGUAUGGAGCAGCUCAAGGCUGACCUGGAGCUCGCCAGCAAGUACGCGGCCAGUAUCGACGCCAGUAGCGUAGACGGCGGCAUUGGGGACGAAUCAUUCACGGUCGCAAACUAGUGUAUACUUGGGAGGGCAAAUGUGAAUGCCAUGUUUUUGGUGAUAAAGGUGCAGACAGCGGUGUCUAGAACGAGGACUCGAGUGGAAAAUUUGUCUGCAAGGCCUCGACCUCCGCGUCUAGUUUACAUAUAAAAUAUACUUCCGUGUCCGGUACUAA